GUGCUGGUGCUGGCAACCUGCGUGUAGUUGUGACUUGUGCGUAGUGCUGGCAAGUGAAAGAGAAGACAGAAACCUGCGCUGAGGACAAACUAAUGGAUGAAUUUGCACCCAAGGUUAAGGUAUGGCAUGUGGAUUGUGCAGGGGCAAUCUUAAAUUUUCCCAGCUAAAUACGGACUUUUCGAUCCAAUCGUACUCAUCUUACUAUUCAAUUAUAUUUAGGGUUCUUAUCAAAAUGACUCUACCUCCUCUUUCUUAAUCAUUUCCCCCAAAAUAAAGAAAUAUGCUUUCGAAUUCGGUACUCUCUUUCUCUCUCUCUCUCUUUUACAAUUUCUUGAUUUACUUUGAUACUUUUGUUUGGUUUCGCUAUAUCCUUUGCUUCUGAAAGCUUGCCUUCUCUAAUUUUUGUUGUAAAUUCGAAUUUAGAGGUAGCUAGCGAUUAUAAAGGUCAAAAAACCAGCUUUGUUCCUACUUUAGUCUUAUAUAAUGCACAACUUAUCUUUCUGAAGAUAUUCCAACUAAGUUAGUGAUUCUAAUGUUUUAUGGAUCUUUCCACUGUUAGCUAGCUUAGCUACAUGAUGACCGAAACAGGGGGAUACACAUUACUGAUUACACCAUCCUUUCUCUUUCUCUCAGUCGACAAAAUUUUGGGGAAAAAAUUAGGGCAAAAUUCACACUCUUUUCCUCAUUCUCAGAAGUCAGAAUUCAGAAUUCAGGUCGAUUUUGUAUCUGGUUUAUCUGAAGUGAAGCACUGAAAGCACAAUUACAUAAUAUAUGCAUAUGGCAUGCCAAGUUAUUAUACAGUCAUGGACCUUUUCUAGAUUAGUUGGUGCCUUUCUUGACCUGGCUAUUGCUUACUUCCUCCUCUGUUGCUCUGCUAUAGCCUUUUUUGUUUCUAAAUUCCUUUCCAUCCUAGGGUUAACCCUCCCAUGCCCCUGUAAUGGUCUCUUUGGCUACCCUACUCGCGCCCCUUGCUUGCAGCGCCUUUUAGUUGAUUGCCCCACGGAAACCAUAUCCUCUCUUCAGUUGUCUGUCAAAACCAAAUUCCCAUUUGAUUCUAUUCUAGCCAGGAAAGAUCAUUGCCAACUUAACUUGAAGCUGGUGGAAGAAAGAUACUCUGAUGAUGGUGUGCUGGAGUUAGAGGGUGAAGCUUCCUACAGUUCCUUCUCAGAUCCUCGGAGGUCACAGCACAGCCUUUCUGCCAGUGACUCCUUUGGUAAAUUUGAUGUGAAGGCCAAAGGUGCUGCAACUCAAAGGCCAAGGUGUGGCCUUAGGCGACGUCGCAGAGCCAGUAUUGAUAAUGGAAAGUUUACUUCUGGCUCUUCUUAUGAUCAUGUGAGGUCUGACGCCCGCGCCCUUUGUUGGUCUCCUUCUGAACCUAGUAAAUUAGGGAAUGUAGAGAACUCAACACUUGUAGACUCUCACGUGAAAACUGUGCCUUAUUCUGAAUCCAAUUAUGCAACUGAUGAGAGUAAACUCCUGUAUAAAAAUGCAACAUCUCUCGAGAACCUAAAAAAAAAUGUAGGGUGUGGGCAUGGAAUUGAUGGUGAAAAUGAAACUGCUAUUAGGAUCCUGGAACUAGCUCUUGAGGAAGAACAAGCUGCUUCUGCUGCAUUAUGCUCUGAGCUAGAGCAAGAGAGACUUGCUGCUGCCACUGCCGCAGAUGAAGCCAUGGCCAUGAUUUCACGAAUACAGGAGGAGAAGGCAUCUGUUGAAAUAGAGGCUCGACAAUAUCAAAGAAUAUUUGAAGAAAAAUCAGUGUAUGAUGCUGAAGAAAUGGAUAUACUUAAAGAGAUCAUCAUCAGGAGAGAGCGGGAAAAUCUUAUCUUGGAGAAAGAAAUUGAAGCCUAUAGGAAAGUGUUCCAAGAAAACGGUGGGUUAGAAAUUCAGUCAAAUGAUACACAAGGAGACAAUGAAGCAUCUAUUCUCGAUUCUUCUGUAGAUCCUAUGUUGAUUCUCCAACAACUCAGUGAAUCAAUUGAUAAACAGAAAAGCAUGCAGAAAGCGAGUAACAAUAUUGAUUACUCAUCUGUGUAUGUUCAUGAACGGACUUCUACUGUAUCUAAAGGCAAAGAAUCAUCACUUCUUCAAUGGGAUCAGGAGACUAAAAUUAUAGAUGAACUAGAAAGUCCCCAAAGUUCAAGUAUUACUGCAGAUCACCUGCAGAGCGGUGAUGAAGCCAAUCAAGAUAUUCAGGAAAAAGGAAUGCUAUCCAUGGAUGAGAUUCCAUGUCCUCAGUUAUGUGAGUCGAGCAGCUCUAUACGGAAAAAUAAUAAAGUUUCUCUUCAGCAGCAAAAAAUACGUGGUGUAGUAAAUUAUGAUGAUGGAGAGCCUCGUGUCCAUGAUGUCCACAUCAUUGAUUCCAAAUGUAGUAUCAGCCAAAAUAGCAAUAGGGUGGAAGGUGAAUUGCCAUUUUGGGCAUUUGAUAGUCAGAAGAUGAGUGGUUCCGCUGACAACAGUCAGCAGAUUGAAUCCGAGAUGAAAAGAACCUCUUCUGACAUAGUUGACCGGUUCCCAACCGUGACCAGCUCACCUGAUAGAACUAUUGUCCCUGAACUGCGGCGCAAUUCUUUAUCAGCAGUUGACCAAGAGAGGCUGAAGAUAGACAAUGAAAUUGGAUGGUUGAGAGCAAGACUGAGGGCUGUUCAGGAGGAGAAAGAGAAACUUAGGAGCUCUUUUGAACAUCAAGAGAGGGGGAAAACUGAACUGCAGCUUUUGGAGGAUAUAACUGGCCAGCUCCAAGAGAUUCGACAUCUAACGGCACCCGAGAAGGCUGCUCGUCAGGCUUCCCUGCCACCUCUAUCCUCUAAGGUCACAUCGAAGAAAAGACGCUCUCGGAGCGUUUCUGUAGGAAUUGUUCAAAGCGAAUCAAGUUAGGGGACUGGAAUCUGUCAUCUGCAUGGGCUAGCUGCUGUUUAAAUAUUUCCAAGUUUUAAAUGUGCCUUCCAGGGGUUUUAGGUGUGAGGGUUGCUUGUAUUGUUUAUGGAAUCUGCAUGACACGGAAAGUUUUGUAGAAGCAGAAGAGUAUUUCGAGUUUUCGACAAGCACAGGGUUCAGCAGCUACUUCUGGGGGAAAUCUCAGCCUAACCUUCUCAUUCCUUUCUCUAGUGCAUUGCUUUUUCACGAUAGCUCCUGGAUUGCAGGCUUCCCACUUAAAAUAUAUUGUACCAUCUACUUGGCAUGUGAAUUUGUACAUUUUCCUUUCAAGUGCAUGUGUAUAUAAUAAUACUACCUCCGUUCUCUUUUA